UAAUAUCACCCAUAAACACUCAAAACAACCGAUCAAACAUUCCCCUUACCACAGUGCCUUCAAUCCACCCAAUGCUGACCCUUUGAAAAAUUUAAAAUCUUCACCUAAUCCUAAAAUCUCUAGACGUAAACAUCGAAGAAAAUUAACCCAAGAAUUAAGCCCUCGUAGUGCCAAAUCAACACCAAGUCCAACUCCUGACCCCUACUUAUCUUCAAAUAAAAAUCAUUCUACUUACUUAAAUGAAGAAGUUACUGCUGGUCAUAUGUAUCAGAAUUCCUUUGAACAAUCUAAAGGUCACCGUGACCCUUGUAUAGCUGUGCGAAAAGAUAAUGCAAAAAGGUUCUCAUUUACUAAAGCUCAAUUAGGUGAUGACAUUUUCUCACCCUCAUCUCCCCAUAUGAACCCAACAGAGCAAAGUUUAGAAACCUACAAACAAUCAGCCACCAAUUCUUGGUUAAAUGACCCAGUGCAUCAUCAUUUACGUGCAAAUGGUAGUCAAAUCACAAUCCAUUUACAUAAUACUACACAAAGAGAAUCAGAUGUAACUGUUGAUAUUAACAUUGGGGAAGGUCACAAAUCUGCUCAAGCUCAAUCUCAUGUAGAAUCUAGUCCUGUUGAGAGGGAUUCUAGGGUAAAUGAAAAUCACAACAGUGCUCAAGAUAGAUCAUCAGUCAAUUUAAAUCAUCACUCUGAUAAUAACGCAAUAGAAACUGUUGUCCAAGACAUGUAUCCAAGACAGUCUUCAGGGGUUAGAAUUUCAAAGUUUAGCAGCUCAAAGGUUUCCAACAGGUCACCUUCACCUUUAAGGUCAGAUGACUUAAGAGGUAGAUCCAGACCAACAUCCGCACAGCCAUCAGAGUUGAGCAAACAAUCUACACCACAACAGAAUGAGUCAAAGGGUGUUGUUAUCAAACGUGCAGGUGUUAAGAAGGACACUGAGAACAAAGACAGUAUAGCUCCUUCUUUAAGCAACAGACCAAAGUCAUACCAUGGAGCGGAAUCGGAUUCUAAAUCUUCAAGCACUGGUUAUUUAAGACGAACAAAGAAUGUAGACACAUACGAUUUUCCUGAAAAACCUAAACAAUUUGAAUAUGGGAAAAGAGAAAAACCUCAAGACAACAUACAAAGUAGAAUCUCAAAAUUAAUGGGUAGCACAAACAAGGAGAAAUCAACCAAAGAUGACUCCAAUAUCUCAAUGCCAUCUAGUGUAAGAAGUUCACGUUCAAAUCUCGAUAACUCAAGUUUCUGGGAUGGUUUUGACUUAGGUGCCACUAGUCCUGGAGAAUCAUCCAUGGGUUCAAUGUCCGCUAUUAAUGAUCUUGUCAGAGAUCCCAAAUUACGAGAAGAACUUCAACGACCAGAGGUGUUGGAACUAUUAAGGAAAUAUGAUCCAAUGGGGUCUGAAUCAAGCUCUCUUAACUCAGAAAGUUCAUAUGUCCAAAUCUAUGAAGAAACUAAAUCGAAGAAGCAGAGAGAUAAAUACCGUGAAAAAGUUGAGACUUUGUAUAAGUCAAGAGUUGAAAAUGAUAGAAAGUCGCCAGAUUCCCCAUAUCAUUCUUUUGAUAAUGAGCGAUCUGGGGAUGUGAUACCAACAUAUGUACCAGGUGUUAAUAAAGAUGUGUGGGAUGAAGUUGACCAUGAAAGGCAGGUGUCUAAUGAUUUUGCCCAGCCUGACGAAUCAACUGAUGCUAUCCCUGAUUCAUACGCUGAUAUACCACCCCAAUCAGAAAGUACUCCUAAUAAGAAAAAGAAGAAGGUUCGAGUCAGAAGGCAUGACUCGCUGAUUAAGUCAGCUUCAGAACCAGAUAUCCCAAGAAAAUUAUUGAACAAUAAAAGGGGUAUUUUGAAGAAUCCAUUAAGCACCGAGGAUAUCAUAUCCAACUUAAAAUCUCCAUGUCCCUCAGAAUGUAGUGAACGACCAGCCAGGAUCGAUCAUAAUACAUACCAGUCAUAUGCUGCUGGUAUAUUGCAUUCCUCACAAAAGGGGAAGAAGUUCAUGAGGCUUCAACAGAAUUAUGCUAUCCUUGAAUAUGUAGCAAACCUUGAGACUUGCAUACUAGAAUCAAAGGAGCCUAGACCUGUUGGCAGUGAACGGUUGACUGAAAUGCAUGUUAAGUCAAAGAUUGGUCGAAUGGGACAAAGAGAUGAUCUCGAUGGAAAUGGGAAGAUAUCUCAAGAAAAAUUGAAACAGUUCAAAGAGCUGCAGCUCCUGUAUAAGAUUCUGGAUGAAGCACAAGAGAAGGAUGAAUUUUACUAUGACAAUGACAAUAUUGCCCAAUUUCAGUGGAAUCCCUACAAGGAUUACAGUAUAAAAUACAGAGAAAAGUCCUUAGAUGAUAUCUAUGGCAUAUUUGAAUACAAUGACCCCAAUUUGAACUACAAAAGGGGGAAAUCAAGACCAAAAUCUAAUGGUUCUGAUUUCCGAAGAGAGUUAUCUUUCCGUAAAGUUCUUGAAAAAUAUAAAAAUCUAGAUGCUGAAUCUAGAGAGAACAUGACUUUUGAUGAUUUUUUCCAGUCUCAGAGAUCAAGAAGGAACUCUGAUGCUUCAUCGAUAUACAGCACAGCAAGCACAGUUCCUGGCAGUUACUUACAGAUGCAAGAAAAUGCUAGUAGAAGGUCUAAUGAUAUAGUUCUGUAUGGUACCAAUAUCGAUGAAGAUUCUAAUAAGUAUGAACAAUAUGUUGAAUCCUUGAAAAAUAGGUCUAAAUCAUUGCCGAAUCUGCAUCGAAGGUCAUCUGAACAAUCUGUUGAAGAAUUGAAAAUUGACGAGCCAAGAUCAAGAUCUGUUAACAGGUUUAAUGAUGAAAGAAGGCAAAGUGAACCACUAUCCAAGAAAAAUCAACAAUAUGAAAUGAUCAAAGUCAGUCAAGGAAAUCAAAGUAUGACAUACCCUGAUGAAGAAAAAAAGAUUGAUAUCCAAGAUAGGCGUUCUAGAUUUGAGAAACAUGCAGCGCCACAAGUUGAGACUCAAGUCAGAAAUAAGGAGAAAUAUGCAUCCAACAAUGAGGGUAAAACUUCUUUUAAGGAUAGGAAGUCUCAAUUUGAGAAGGAAAAACAGCAUAAAGUAAAAGAAAAACCUAAUCUCAGAUUGGCACCAAUAUCUAAGGAAAAUAUUACUAAGGAAAAUAGUAAUGAAAGAAAAACUUCACAUAAACCAAGAAUUAUGGCAUCACCAAGCGAUUACUGGCAUCCAGCACUUCCGCCACCAGUUUCCGACAUGGAACCAGUCACAAGAGAUUCACCCAAUGAAUCAGAUGUAAAAGAAACUCAUAUAAAUGAAAUUGUUGUAAACCUCAAUGGAUCUAAAUCUCAUGGAACUCUUUUGAAACCAAGUAGAGUUAUCCAGGAAUCUGUUAACCAUGCAAAGAAUAGAAAACUCUCCACAUUAGCAAGUUCAGAUGAUUCUUAUAGCAAAACCAAGAUCAAUUCUAGAGACACAGCAACAAUAAAUAAACAACAUCACAAAAGGGAUGGUCCUAAAAUAUCUGCGUCCCCUCUUGUUGAUCCACAAAAUGAUAUACCUAAAAUUUCUGCAUCCCCUCUUGGAAAGUAUAUUUCAUCCAGUAGUUCUACACAAAAUCAACAAGAUAGAAUAAAGUCUCGAGAAAGUGUGCGUCGGGAACAGAUAGCCCAAGAAAGUAGCAAUCUAAAUAGCCAUUGGAAGGAUCUUCAAGCUGCUUACAUUACAGGUAAAGAAAAUAAGUCUCCCAAUAAGAAUAGCUUCAGAAGAGGAGUAGAUGACAGUCCAAAUGCAGAUGUUGAGAAAGCAGUCAAACAGUUUGAAGAUGCAAGUAGUGAUGAACCAUUGCAAAGAUCUUCUGACUCCCCAAAAUAUGUUGAUCCACCUAAACCAGACACCAUCAUAAAAUCUGAAUCUCAAGGUUACAAAAAUGAUAGACCUGUUCUUAUGAAACCUGUAUUAAGUAAGGUUAAACCAUAUUCAGGUCAUGCUAAUUAUGAGAACAUUGAUGUUCCAUCUGAUUUCCAUAUCCCUACUACAACAGUUGCUUAUGUUGCCCCAGUAGCGCCAACUGUUCCUCAAAGAAGUCAAAGAAAAUUUGAUAUCAGAAAUUAUAAACCUUCCUCGACAAUUGAAAGAUUCCGACAUGAACAGAUGACAAGAAUGAAUAAUAAACCACCAGUAUCAACGCAGGAUUCUUUUUUAGUGAGUACUGAGGGGAUUGGCCGUGUCUUAGACCAUAAUAUGGGUGAAAGACCUGGCCAAUCUUCUCGUGAUCAGAACUACAGACCACUACAAAAUGUUCAUAUACCAGAGAGGGACAACCAAAUCAAACCAGAAAAACUUGUCCCAGAUGAUACUGAACUGAAGCCUGAUGCUAAGUAUCCAAAUAUCAAUGAGUUCAGUCGAGAUAUCAUGGUUGAGAGGUCAAACUCAACUACUGCCUUAGCAGAUGAAAAAUCCCUUUUCGAUCCAGGAUAUGGCCAAUUAGGUAAAUGGUCAGGGUUGAGUGAAGGUCUAGAUAGCAGUCAGAACUUUGCGGAACUUGAGAAGCAGGCUCCUUCUGAACCAUUGCAAAGACAAAGUAGCAUUGCAGGGAGUGAUGACACUAUGGUAUAUAAAACAAGUGAUGAUGAUAAUGAUGAUGAAGGAAGUGAUGAUAGAUAUGACACUGGGAGAGAAGUGAAACCCCAGUUUGAGAAUAGACUUGAGAAAUCGCAGUCAGAUCCUAGUAUCACAAAUGAUGAUGUAAAUGAUGAUGCACCUCAGCGACCACGAAGUGCAAAAUCCCAACACGAUGUUACAGAUUAUAAUUUUACCUCACUUAAAUCUAGAUAUGAAUCCGGUUAUAUGUCUGGUCCUGAGGACAAUGCUACAAGAUCUGGUGGAAUACAAAGAACAAUUUCUGGAGAAUUGUCAGAUAUCCGUAAGAAAUUUGCCCAUAAUGGUUCAUUUGGGGAGAAGUUAAAGGAAAGGUCUGGUCCAGAUGAUAAUGGGAUUCCACCUUAUAAAGCACCCCCAGAGUAUAACAGUCAAUCUUACUCAAAAACGACUCCAGAUUUUUCUCAAAUUUCAAACAGCUCUGCACUGCAAUACAGAUUCAAGAAAUACCAGAAUAUAAAUGACUUUCCUCCCCACCCAAAAUAUGAGUCUUCUCAGAAUGAUCAUAGCACUUCAUCCAAUGAUUCACAGAAUGAACUUCGUCAACCAAGAUAUUCAAAGGUUCGGCCUAAAGUUGUAAGACACCUCAGUUAUAACACAGGUUCCAAACAAGUAUCACCUUCAUACAGUUAUGCUCAUGUCAAACCAGACCAACAACCAAAAGAUGUUAAAAGGCGCGACAUUAAACCCGAUGGAAGUGCUUAUGAUAUUUAUGAUACAUUUAAUAUGUCUGGGCCUCCUUAUAUUCGAGAAAAUACAGAACCAGGCACAACAGUUGACUCAACGCAAUCACCAUUUGAUAGGAAGAGUAAUUUUUAUCAGUCGCAUAAUACUUAUAACCCAAACUUCCACCCUUCUUCUACCAUGCCCCAGCAUCGUCCAUACGAGAACCAUGAUGCUAUUCAGAAUCAUGUACGCCCAUAUGAAAACUUUUCUGCCUAUCAUCAAAAUCAGGUUGAAAGUGAUACACCUGCACAAACACAAGCAAACCCUAAUUCUAAAAUCCCAACCUCCCCAUAUAUAUCCAUUAGUGAGAAUUACCAUACAGUUGCUGUACCAAAAUCCUCCACUAAGGCACAGCCACAUAGCAACCAGAUAUACCAUACGCAUCACAAUGCUGCCAGAGCUGCAUCUGGACCCUCUGAAUCUACUCCCGGCAUGGUCUCCAUGGCAACUAACAACCCUGACAACAUUGAAGGUUUUUGAUUUUACUAACAUUGUCUAUCUUAACUUUCCUUUCAUGUUGUAAUGUGAAGUAGCGUGUAGUGAUUACUUGAGGUUGAAUUGCAGGUCGUUACUAUUACAGUAGGUUUGCAUAAGAAAGUAUAAGUGCAUCCUGGGAGCUUAUUGCAAAAAUGAAGUGGCAAAAAACGUGAUUUGAAUAAUAUCACAGUUAUGUGGUUCAGUUCAAAUGGAUAACUAGAUAUUGAAGCUCAAUAUGGUUGCAUAAAAAUUGAUUUGCCCUGGAACAGAUGUUAUAGA